AUGGCAGGAAAGUUCCGGAAGUCCCAUAUCCCUGGGGUGAGCAUCUGGCAGCUGGUGGAGGAGAUCCCUGAAGGCUGCAGCACACCGGACUUUGAGCAGAAGCCCGUCACCUUGGCUCUGCCAGAGGGGAAAAAUGCUAUCUUUCGGGCUGUGGUCUGUGGGGAGCCCAGGCCCGAGGUGCAUUGGCAGAACUCCAAAGGUGACCUCAGUGACUCCAGCAAGUACAAGAUCUCCUCCAGCCCUGGCGGCAAGGAGCAUGUGCUGCAGAUCAACAAGCUGACAGGUGAGGACACGGAUCUGUACCGCUGCACAGCAGUAAAUAUGUACGGAGAGGCCACGUGCUCAGCGAGACUCACCGUCAUUGAAGUUGGCUUUCGGAAGAAUCGGAAGAGACUCAAGGAACCACAGGAAGACCUCAGGAAGGAGCUGAUGGACUUCCGGAAGUUGCUGAAAAAGAGGGCCCCACCAGCCCCUGAGAAAAAGAUAGACCUUGAGCAGGUAUGGCAGCUGCUGAUGACGGCAGACAGGAAGGACUACGAACAGAUCUGCAUGAAGUACGGCAUCGUCGACUACCGUGGCAUGCUGCGCAAGCUACAGGAGAUGAAGAAGGAGCAGGAGGACAAGAUGGCACAGUACAUCAACGCCAUCUCCAGCUUAAGACACAUCAGGGUCACCAAGGAUGGGAUUGCAAAGUUUGACCUGGAGUUGGAUCUCAAGGAUUCUCAGAGCAAGAUUUACCUGUAUAAGGAUGGUGAGAUGAUCCCCUAUGGCUUCAACAACCAGACCAAGCACUGUCUGCGCCGGCUGGGAAAGCGUUAUGAGUUCCAGAUCCAAGACUUGAGGCCUGAGGACUCUGGCAUUUACCAGGUCAAGGUGGAGGAUGCUGUGGUCUUCUCCACAGAACUGGAGGCCAGUGCCAUACCCCCAAGAGUGGUGGUCCCACUGGCGGAGACCCACUGUGAGGAGCACGGUGACGCAGUCUUCGAAUGUACCUUCUCCAGCCCCUGCCCUAGUGCAGCCUGGCAUUUCCGGCACCGGCUACUCCACCCCAGUGACAAAUAUGAAGUGUUUGUGUCCCCCGACGGGCUGACCCACCGGCUGGUGGUGAGGGGCGCCCGUUUCUCAGACAUGGGCCCCUACUCGCUGGGCACUGGGCUGUACACUUCCAGCGCCUGGCUGGUGGUUGAAGCUGGGAAGGAUAAAGACCUUCAGUCCACAAGUGCUGACCACCAGCUACAGAGGCAAGGAGCCCAGGCCUCAGGAGCAGAAGAGUCUGGGAGCAUCAACAGCCAGGGAGAGAAAUUCAGAGAGCAGGACCCCAGUGGGGGCUCCCUUGAGGGGGCAGGGAUGGCUUCUGGGUUCCAGCACAUAGCCAGCCCAGACAGGGAUGGCCUUGGCAGACAUGGCUACUCCUUGAUGGAGGACAAGGGGGCAGCUGGCUCAGCCUGGGGCCCUGGACAGGAAGGCGAAGGCUUUCUAGAAGCAGGGGGAAGCGGAGUCACUCUUCCCAGGGAAAGUCAAUCUGGCAGAGAGGGAGGCUGGGCUGAAAGCCUUGCAGAGAGGCCCUAUCUACAGGGAGAGAGCUCAGAAUCAGGGUUGGGCCUCCCAGAAAAACGACAGCAAGAUCGUGGCAGAGACAGCAAUGGUGAUGAAUGCUGGAGGACAGCAGGAGGCUGGGAGGCUGGGUCCAGUCCGCUUCAGGCUGGAGGACUGGGGAGCAGCAGGGAAGGAAAGGAGCACAGAGGGGAUAGUGGAAGACAACUGGAUAGGCACGCCCCGGAGCAACUGUGGGAUGCUCAACUGAGACCUGGGAGAGGAAAGAGUGACAUGCAGGGCUACGAGUCUGAUUCUGUAGGGUCCUGGCCAAGAGGAAAGCAGAUAAAGAUUUCACAGGGUGACAGCUUGGCUGAGAUGGACAGAGGGGAUGCUCCAAAUAGGGAAAGAAGGAGAGGAGUAGUAGUGUGGGGUAGUGGGACUGGCCUGGGAGAAGCUGGAGACAGCAAUGGGGCGGGAGGUCCUGGCACCCUGGAGUUUACUGGAGGAAGAGGUUCUGGCUCCAAGGCAGGUAUGGGCCCUGAAUCCUGGGAUUCUCAGGGAGGUAGACCUACUGACUAUGGGGAAGCCUGGGGCUACUGGGGGUCAGGAGAGUUUCUAGGACAGACACUUGGAGGCAAGGACUUCCAGGAACCAUCAAUAUCAGGUGGUAGAAAAUUCCUUCUGGGAGAUGGGAGUCCUGAGAUCAAAGCUGAAGACUCACUGCAGGAGGCAGAUGGUCUGUGCAGGGGGGAAUCUGUAGUUGGAGGAAGUGUCUACAAAACUGGCCCUGGAGGCCCAGGAGACCCCAGAGGCUGCGAAGGUGGCCUACAGAAGCUCAGGGGAAAGGAUGACCAGGAAACAGCUUGGGCCUCAGGUGAGAUAGGGGAUGACCCCAGAAGCUUCCAGUCUUCCCAGGAGUGGACAGCAGGUCACAGAGCAGCAGGGGGUGUUGGCAGAAUAGAAUCUAAGGGCACAAGUCCUUGGGAUGACACACCAUCUAGCCUCAGAAAAACUGGGUCUGGAGUGCUGGGACCCAGUGGAGGGCAAGAGGGUAUGGGUGGUACCCAGGUGGCUGGACUGACAGAGUCUGGUCAGGGGGUGGAUGCCAGAAGCUGUGGGCUAAGUAGGUCUCCAGGCCUGGGUGCUCAGGGAUCUGGGGGGAUACUAGGAGAUACAGAAGGAUUAAGAGGUCCUGGGUCAAUAGGGUCUGAACCAGAUUUCUGGAAUGGGUCAGGGAGCUCCAGAGUAAAAGGACCCAGAGGCUAUAAGGAUGACUUGGAAGGUCCUGGGAGAAUGGAAUCUAGGUACGAGGGUGGCUUAGGAUAUUCUAGGGGAAUAGGCCCUAAAAGCGGGGCUGGUUACAGCUAUGGCUCAGGGGUUCCAGGAGAAAUGGGGUCUGGCCAUGGUGCUGGUUGUAGAGUUUCCCCUAGGGCACCUGCGGGAAUGGAGUCUGAGGAAGGGGGUGCAUACAGGAAUGGCUCUGGGGUGCCUGGUGGAGUGUGGUCAGGAAACGAAGAUUCUGGCCCUGCAGGAGGAGGGUCUGGGAGAGUUGCCAGUCUUAAGAAUGGCUCAGGUGGUCCAUCUGAUGGAGCACCCGUGGAUGACAUCAGGAAUUGGGCCUCUGCACGCCAGGGCAGCAUGGGCCCUAGGGGAGGGCACCAUUCAGAUGGCAGCCUAGGGAGUCCUGAGAUGAUGGGGUCUGCGGGUAGAGGUGGUCUCAAGGCCCCUGGAGUAGUGGAGACUGUUGGAAUGGGAUGUGUGGAAGCAGAACCAGAGAGCUCUGGAAGAAUAAGGCCUUGGAGUCAGACUGGCUUCAGAGCCUCAGAGGCCCUGGAGGCCUUUGGAGAAGGAGGCUAUGAAGAUGGCUCUGGGGGUCCAGAAGCCAUGGAACCAGGGUCUCUGAGGGCAGGGAGCAAAGUGGGUGAGGGGGAUGGGACAAGAUGCCCUGGUGCUAGGGCCUCUGGAGCUGGAGCUGGUUACAGGAAUGAUACCAGGCACCCUGAGGCACUCGCACCUCACACUGGGGCUGCUUCUGAGAGCCAGUGGGCUUAUGGGGCUGGCAAUGUGCUGGGUUAUGAGGAUGGAUCAGAACUUCCAGGGCCUCAGGGAACUGGGGUCAGAACAGCCUAUGGAGGAGGGUCAAGGGGCCUUGGGCCUAGGAGUACAGGACCAGGGGGUGAGGCAGCCUUUAGAGAGAGGUCAGGGGACCUCCAAGGAAUGGGAUCAGCAGAUGGGCUGGGUUGUAGGAAGGGUAUUGGGAGUUCGGGGGAAAUGGGGUCAGUGGAUAAGGAAGGUUACAGGGAAGAUUUGGGGACUCCUGAGAAUAUGGGUUCGGGGAGCAAGGCUGCUUAUAGGGAUGGUGUAGGGGGUUCUGGGGCAAUGGGGUCAAUGGAUGAAGCAGAUUAUAGGAAAGAUUUAGGGGCUCCUGAAGGAAUAAGUUCAGGGAGCAAGGCAGAUUAUAGGGGUGGUUUAAAGGGUUCCAGGGAAAUGGGGCCAAUGGAUGAAGCAGAUUAUAGGAAAGAUUUGGGGGUUCCUGAGGGAAUGGGUGCAGAUUAUAGGGGUGGCUUAAGGGGUCCUGGGGAGAUGGGGUCAGUGGAUGAACCAGGUCAUAGGAAUGGGACUGGAGGUUAUGGGGAAAUGGGGUCGAGUUAUAGGGAGGAUGUGGGGGCUCCUGAGGGAAUGGGCACAGGGAGCAAAGCAGUUUAUAGCGAUGGCUUAAGGGGUUCUGGAGAAAUGAGGUCAAUGGAUGAGGCAGGUUAUAGGAAAAAUUUGGGAGCUCCUGAGGGAAUGGAUUCAGGGAGCAAGGCAGGUUACAGGGGUGGUUUAAGGGGUUCUGGGAAAAUGGGGUUAAUUGAUGAGGCAGGCUCUAGGAAAGAUUUAGGGGUUUCUGAGGGAGUGGGUUCAGGGAGUAAGGCAGGUUUUGGUUUUAGGGAUGGUUUAGGGGGUUCUGGGGAAAUGGGGAAGGAUUUGGGGGCUCCUAAGGGAAUGGGUUCAGGGAGUAAGGCAGGUUUUAGGGAUGGUUUAGGGGGUUCUGGGGAAAUGGGGUCAGUGGAUGAGGCAGGCUACAGGAAGGAUUUGGGAGCUCCUGAGGGAAUGGGUUCAGGGAGUUAUACAGAUUACAGGAAUGGUUUAGGCGGUUCUGGAAAAAUUAGUUCAGGAGGUGAGGCAGGUUAUAAGAAUGUUUUAGGGGGUUCUGGGAGGAUUCCAUUAGGGAGUGAGGCAGGUUCUAGGGGUAGUUUGGAGGAUUCUGGGUACAUUUUGUCAGGGAGUGAGGCAGGUUGUGGGCAAGGCUUUGGGGGAACUGGUGGCAUGGGGUCAGGGAGUGAGGUCAGUUAUAGGGGAGGCUCAGGAGGAUCUGGGGAAAUGGGGCCAGAGGGUGAGAUGCGUUAUGGAGAUGGUUCAGGGAGGCUUGGAGUACCAGGCUCACUAGCUGGAAUAGGACCUGAGGCUGGACCCAGAGGCCACAAAGCCAUGGGGCACAGGUCAGGAUAUUGGGUAGCAUCAGAGGAUGGCACGAGCUGCAAGGAUGGUCCAGAGCGAGCCAGGGAAACAGGGCUUGUGGAUGGGGCAGGACCUGGGGUGGAACCUGGGAUGGCUGGAAUGCUGGGCACUGCAGGUGGCAUGGCACAGAGAGACAGCCCCAGGGGCCCAAGGGUGCUGGGGUCUCAGGGAGGGCCACAGACUCUUUCAGAUGAGAGAGGCUCCACCAAAGAUCUUGGGGGCUAUGGAACCUCAGGGAUCCCUGAGGCCUUGGAGGCUGCUGGUGCCAAGGGAAAACCAGAUGUCAAAGAAUGGCAAGAUAGUUCUGGGACUCCAGGGUCUUCUAGGGACAGAGGGGCUCCCAGGGCAAAGGAUAGGUCUCCAGACCAAGCAGGGAUUAUGGGGUCUUCUGGGUUUCUUGAUGGCAAGGGGGCAGUAGAAGGUGAAACCUGGGCAGGAAUGGCUGCUCUGGGGUCUGGACAUGAACAGGACAUCUGGAAAGCAGGCCCAGGAAUGACAGACAGGUGUAGAGUUGCUGGCCAGGGGAGAUUGGCAUCUCAGGGAGGCGGGGACUCACUUUUGGGAGGCAGAAGGAUAGGCUCAGGGAGCUCAGCGGGGACAGGCCAGGAUCUGGACAGCAGCUCUAUGCCUGGGGAAAGGGGCAAGUCAACAUCAGGGCCUGCUGAUGGACUAGGAAUGAGCAAUGCCUGGGCUCCUGACUGGGAAAACCAGGGGUUUAGCCGAGGCAGCAUAGGUGCUGGGAAGCAGCCCGCAGGCUCCAGAGCUUCCGGUUCUCUGCAGGAAAAAGAUGCCGCUUUUGGUGGGAUCCAUGAAGGGCCAGGGGGCUUAAAGGGCAGGGAGGGUACACCAGGCCAAGAGGUGGCUGGUGGAUGCCGAUGCCCAUGGUCCCUGGAUAGCAAAGGUUCAAGUCAUGGAAGGGGCAGUUCUGGUGGUGCAGAGGACUCAGGUAUCCUGGGCAAGGGGAAUUCUACUGAGUGGGGGAAUGCUGUCAUCCCAAAACCUGGGGAGUCAGGACCUCAGGGAGCCUGGAAUGGCUUAGAUGGUCCCUUUGGCAGAAGAGCCUCUGGAGAUAGGUCAGGAGGGACCCAGGACCUGAGCUCUCAGCUAGGCAAGGGACAGAGAGGAGGAAAGAGGUCCCUCGGGGAGCAGGGGUCCCUGGAGGCUGAGGAUGGUGAGGUCCAGGGUCCUGGGGCCCUAAAGGAGGAUGAGGUACAGGGAGUGGAAGAGGCUGGGAGGUCAGGCAGGAGGUCUGGCUCACUUAGGAGCAGGUCUCAGGCACAGUCAGGGGCUGAGGUGGGAGGAGGAAAGAGAAGGGGAGCGGAUGAGGCUGGAAGCAUGGGAUGGCAGUCUAUGGGGGAGAACCAGGGGUGCCUGGAGGAGAUGCUGAAUGAAGAUCAGAGCCGGGAGCCCCCCGGUCACCUUGGUAGCAGGAGAGGUGGCAAAGAUGGCAGGUUGGACAUCUAUGGAGAGAGGAGAGAUGCUACCCAGAGUUCCACAUCCAGAUAUAAGCCUGGCACUGGCAGUUUCUCCAAGGAGGCCCGAGGUAGGUGCUUCUCUGCUGAGCUGGCUCCCAUGGGCUACUUCUCCCAGGGCCUGGCUGACAUGAAGGUGCAGCAGGGGGAGGCUGCCACACUCUCCUGUAUCCUCACCAGUGACCUGGGACCCGGCACCUGGUUUAAGGAUGGCGUCAAGCUCACCGCCCAGGAUGGAGUCAUCUUUAAGCAAGAUGGUCUCGUGCACAGCCUCUUCAUCGCGCGCGUGCAGGGGACCCAAGCCGGGAGGUACACCUUUGUAGCUGGUGACCAGCAGAGCGAGGCCACUCUGACCGUCCAGGAUUCCCCUACCAUUGCUCCAGAUGUGACGGAGAAACUGAGAGAGCCACUGGUGGUCAAGGCUGGGAAGCCGGUGACAGUGAAGAUCCCCUUCCAGAGCCACCUCCCCGUUCAGGCUGCCUGGAGAAAGGACGGGGCCAAGGUGGUGGGCAGUGGUGACAAGGAGGCCCAGGUGGACCUGGGGGAUGGCUACACGCGGCUGUGCCUCCCCAGCACAGGCAGGAAGGACAGUGGCCAGUACAGUGUGACGCUGAGGAGUGAGGGAGGCUCUGUGCAGGCUGAGCUCACCCUGAAAGUCAUAGAUAAGCCUGAUCCCCCACAAGGCCCCAUGGAGGUUCAGGAUUGCCAGAGGGCUGGUGUCUGCCUCCGCUGGCGGCCCCCAAGGGAUGAUGGGGGCCAGCCUGUAGAGUGCUACAUGGUGGAGAGACGGCAGGCUGGCAGGAGCACUUGGCUGAAGGUGGGCGAGGCCCCCGCUGACAGCACCACCUUCACGGAUGCCCAUGUGGAGCCAGGCAGGAAGUAUGCCUUCCGAGUGCGGGCUGUGACCUCGGAGGGGGCUGGCGAGGCCCUGGAGUCUGAGGAGACAUUGGUGGCUCCUGAGGCUCUCCCCAAGGCCCCUUCCGCGCCAGCCAUCCUGUCAGCCUCCAGCCAGGGCAUCACGCUGACAUGGACGGCACCUAGGGGCCCUGGCAGCGCCCACAUCCUGGGCUACCUGAUCGAGAGGCGUAAGAAGGGGAGCAACACCUGGACAGCAGUGAACGACCAGCCGGUGCCUGAGAGGAGGUGGACGGUGGCGGACCUGCGGCAGGGCUGUCAGUACGAGUUCCGGGUCACAGCUGUGGCUCCCUCAGGCCCUGGAGAGCCUGGACCCCCAUCAGAUGCCGUCUUUGCUCGGGACCCCAUGAGACCCCCUGGGCCGGUGAGGAAUCUCCAAGUCACAGACACAUCGAACACCAGCAUCACUCUGAGCUGGGCUGGGCCAGACACCAAGGACGGGGACGAAGCCCAGGGGUAUGUGGUGGAGCUGUGUGGCUCAGACAGUCUCCAGUGGCUCCCGUGCCAUGCGGGCACCGUGCCAGUCACCACCUACACGGCCAAGGGCCUUCGGCCUGGAGAGGGCUACUUUGUGCGGGUGACAGCAGUUAAUGAAGGAGGUCAGAGCCAGCCCACUGCCCUGGACACAUUAGUGCAAGCCAUGCCUGCUACUGUCUGUCCUAAGUUCCUUGUGGACUCCAGCACCAAGGACUUGCUGACGGUCAAGAUCGGGGACACUGUUCGUGUGCCGAUCUCCUUUGAAGCCGUGCCCAUGCCUGAGGUGACCUGGCUGAAGGACGGCUUGCCCUUGCCCAAAAGAAGUGUGACCGUCACAAAGGAUGGCCUCACCCAGCUUCUGAUCCCUGUGGCUGGCCUCUCAGACAGUGGUCUCUACACUGUAGUGCUGAGGACCCUGCAGGGGAAGGAGGUUGCCCACAGCUUCCGUAUCAGGGUGGCAGUAUGUCCGCAGGCACCUGGGCCCAUCCACCUGCAGGAGAAUGUGCCUGGGACGGUGACGGCUGAGUGGGAGCCCUCUCCGGACGAGGCCCGGGGUGUCCCGCUACACUAUACAGUGUUCACACGCUCCUCGGCACAUGGUCCCUGGCGCGAGGCAGCCGACCGCAUCCACACCAACCGCUUCACUCUCCUGGGCGUCCUCCCUGGUCACGAGUACCACUUCAGGGUGGUGGCCAAGAAUGAGCUGGGGGCCAGCAAACCCUCGUACACCAGCCAGCCCUGGUGCAUCCCCCGGCAGCGCGACAGGUUCACAGUGAAGGCUCAGAGCUACCGGGAGCCCGACCUGAGCCAGAAGCCCCGGUUCCUGGUGGGCCUGCGGUCCCAUCUCCUGCCCCAAGGCUGCGAGUGCUGCAUGAGCUGCGCCGUGCAGGGCUCGCCCCGGCCCCACGUCACCUGGUUCAAGAACGACCGCAGCCUGGAAGGAAACCCCGCAGUGUACAGCACUGACCUGAUGGGCGUGUGCUCCCUCACCAUCCCCAGCGUAUCCCUGAAGGACAGCGGCGAGUACAAGGCUGUGGCCGAGAACACGCUGGGCCAGGCAGUCAGUACUGCCACCCUCAUUGUCAUAGAACCCAGCGCCUAGCCUCACCUCACCCUGGGAUGGUCCUGGACCCUUGAAGCUUCACUUCUGACACCUGCACUGGCCUGGGAGGCCAAUCCCAAGGAUGGAGGCUGUGCCCAGAGCCCCAGGAAGACAGGAGUGAGAAGACUCCUGGUGAGGUUUUGGCCAGGAGGACAUGAAGUCCUUGGGGAAGAAAAACAAGGGAGGAGGCCAUUCUGCCUCCUGGCUCCAAGCUAAGUCACUCAACGGAAUGACAGUGAACCUCCUGGACCCUCAUCAUAUGGGUUUCUUUCUUCUUCGCUUCAGGAGAUCCAGAGGGCACCUGCCUGCAGGAUGGGCCAGCUCCUUAUUUUCCUGGGCUGAGCCCCUCGGAGGGAGGGUGGGCACAGCUGGGCCUGCUGUGACCACAGGGAGGGAAGAGGAGAGGAGGUCAGAGGACCUGGGUGAGGACUAGGGCAUCAAGGGUGUGUGUGUGGUGGGGGCAG